CGUCGCCGUCCUCCUCCUCCUCCUCCUCCUCCUCCACGGCUCCACCUUCCCCCCGAAACCCUAUGCUGUUCGUUUCGAUCCCAUCUUGGAUUUGAUUCUCCAGCAAGGAUAGCAGCUUCCAACUUCGAUUCGGACUCCUCCCGGCUGAGAUCGAGCGGAGAGAUCCAAGCAACAAUGAGCAAUGAGGUAUCCACACACCCCUCUCUUUGUCCGCCUCUACACGGCCACCCUCCCAACAAUGUUCCCUGGGUGCUCCUCGACUUGCAUGCCUACGUCGCCGACCGCGAAAAUUCCACCUCCGCCUACUCCGAGAUGAGCAACGGCAAGGCAAUCAGGGUCACCUUCUGCACGGCGCCCCCGCCGCUCGUCUCCUACAUCUGCGUCUGGUGCCCUAACCUGCCACCGACCGAGUUGAUCAUGGAGCCCACCAUCGAGGCGGCGGAGGCAGAUCUCGUCCUCUUCCGCCUCUCGCUCAGAGAUUACCCCAAUCAACGCGACUACUUCAUCUACAAGGCCGGCGGUGGCAAGCGGGGGCCCUGGCUGUGGCGCGUCGAGGAGCCUGACCUAUACAUGCCUUAUCGCUACAGCAGUGCGCUCCUCCCCCGCCGCGACCUCGAAGAGGGUGGCUCCACCAGCCCACACGCAGAUGAGCACGGCCACUUCUACAUCGCCGCACUCAAUCUCACUGCCAACCCGUCUGCGAGCUUCGAAUUCUGUCUCUAUGACUCCAUGGACAAGAAAUGGACCACCAGCACGAUUUCUCUCCUCAUGCCAAUGACCCAUAUCACGGCCAAGGUGAUUGCACUCGGAGGAGGUGUAGUGGCAUUUGUUGACCCCUGGCGGGGCAUCCUCGUCUGCGACUUGCUUCACCGCGGAAGUGAGCGGUACUUGCCUUUACCCCGAGAUCUCAUCAGAUUCGGCUUCCGCCGUGAUGAGAUUCUGCUUCAUCGGGACUUUGCUUUCAGCAAAGGUCGCCUUACUCUUGUUGAAAUGCACCGCAGCUCUGAUUGCCAGGGCUGGGAUAUUUCCACAUGGAGCAUCUCCAGUCCUUGGGAGGAGCAGGAUAGUUGGCGGAAGGAAUGCACUGUCAAUACUCACAGUAUAAUAAUUGAUGAUGACACUGCCAAUGUCGAAUUGCUGCCUAAGCUGCAGGACAAUGGAUCCACUCUGCGGCCAUCCCUUGAUAGUCUCUUAUUAGCAUAUCCCAUGCUCAGCUUGAGUGACAAUCGGGUUGUUUACCUCAUGGGCAUGGUUGACCGCUGGGACAAGAAGGCAUUGGUGCUGUCUGUUGGCAUGAUGGAUGCAAGGCUACAGGGAGUUGCCAUCUUCGACGCAGAAAGAAUACUUGGUUACACCUGGAUUCAGUCCAGGAUCUCCAAUUUUUUCAGCAUGACUCCAGGUGGAAAGGGAAAAUUGAAACGACCUGGGAAGUUCCAAGUGUGUUACCCUCACAAGCAUCAUCAGACUGGAUUCACUAUGAUGCACGGUGUGGAGUUUGGGCCAAUGCAACGCCAUGGUGGGGCUAAAGAGCAACAGGAUACUGGAGCUGAAGAUGGGGAUAAUAAAAUGGCAGUGGAUUGAUCUUGUAUCAAGUACGGUCCUCGAAUAAAUGUUGAUUUUGGUGUCCCUGCCUAGUAUUUUGUCGUUGUGUAAGACUACUGUGAUGACUAGAUUUGCCUCUGGCUUAUCAGGGUUAAAUUUAUACUCAUUUCAAAUGGUAGGUUGUUUUUAUUAGGUGUCUUAAGUCAAACUUGUUACACUUUUGCCAUUCAGAAAAGUUAAUUGUCCCCA